UCCUACCUUGUCUGUCAGUGCUUUGUGUAUUCAUGUUUAAAGCCCAUUUAAGAGACACACAAAGAGACAGAGAAAUACUCUUGUCGGCAAAAAGAAAAAGAAAAAAAAAAACGAAAAUUCGAGGCAAGAUUUCAAAACUUACCCAAAAGAAAAUGAAAGAUUCAACUGAAAAGAGCAAGAAGCAGGCUGAUAAUGAAUCUGAUCUUCAUCCUAUUCCUCACUGUUCUAUCAUUUUAACAAUCUUUGAUUCAAUCCUUCAAGCUUUCAUCGCCAUUUUGAGGUUCUCUGGUUUUAAACGCAAUGCCCCACCUUACCGUCCAGCGUCCUCCUCACUGGAAGAUUGCUACACCGCCGGCUCAAAUCCGCCUUCCACGGCGGUCGACCCACCUCAUGACGAUUCUGAGGAAGAAAGUGAGUACUAUAGGCCACAUGUUCCUCCUCCGCCGCCGUGGAGCACCGGCGGGGGUGGUCAGAUACACUAAUAUGUAUAUUGUACUAAUCAGGUGUGGCUGUUUUGUAUAAUCAAGGGUAAUAUAAAGUUUGAGAUCUUUGUAGCAAUGUGGUUACAUGAAUUUAGAGUGUAUGAAGGCAGCAAAAAGAAAAUUCCAAGCUUCCUACUUAUGGGUUUAUUCUUUUA